AUGGCUGAGAAGGAGUUCAAGAUCUGUGGUGUAGCCAUUGUUCGAGUUAAAUAUGGAAACAUUGGAGAUGAAGAAGACGAAAACAAAGGGGCUAAAAUAUUUUUGAACCAGCCAAAGAUGACGAAGACGAAGACAAAUGGGCUGGAAUAUGAAGUUGAGUUUGUGAUUGUUUGUACUGGAAGAUUCAGUGGUGUGCCAAACUUCCCAGAGUUCCCUCAAGGUCAUGGUCCAGAAGUAUACUAUGGGAAGGUUAUGCAUUCAAUGGACUACUCUGCUAUGGACAAUGCAGCUGCUGCAGAAUUGCUUAAAGGAAAGAAAAUUGCAGUCAUAGGCUCUUCAAAAUCUGCAGUGGACAUAUCAGCCGAAUGUGCCGAUGCAAAUGGGACCAAUUACCCUUGCACGAUGAUUCAAAGGAACAUUCAUUGGAUGCUCCCUGGUUUUUUUGUGUGCGGAGUUAAUCUUGGUUACUUAUACUUCAAUCGCUUCUCGGAGCUUCUGUUUCACAAGCCUGGUGAAACAUUCCUACUCAGUGUCUUGGCCACCCUGCUUUCACCUUUGAGGUGGGGGAUCUCAAAAUUUGUCGAGAGCUAUCUCAGAUGGAAAUUUCCCUUGAAAAAAUAUGGAAUGGUACCAAAAGAUAGCUUUUUCCACGAUGUUACUUCUUGUAUAAUUCUCCUUCUACCUAAGUAUUUUUACGACAAAGUGAUAGAAGGAAGCAUCAUUUUGAAGAAAUCACAAAGCUUCAGCUUCUGCAAGGAAGGUUUACUUAUUGAAGGAGAAGACGAGCCUCUAAAAACCAAUCUUGUGAUCUUUGCCACUGGAUACAGAGGUGAUCUCAAGCUCAAAAAUAUUUUCACCUCACCAACUUUCCAAAAACACAUAAUGGAGUCGCAAACUUCCUCAAUUCCUCUCUACAGGCAGAUCAUUCAUCCUCGAAUUCCUCAACUAGCAAUAAUAGGAUAUUCGGAGAGUCUUGAUAAUCUAUACACCUUUGAGAUCAGGUGUCAAUGGCUAGCACAUUUUCUCGAUGGAACAUUCCAAUUGCCAAGUAUAAAGGAUAUGGAGACGGAUGUUAGACAGUGGGAAGAUUACAUGAAGCGAUACGCUGGCAGUUCUUACCAAAGAUCUUGUAUUGGUGGUGUGCAUAUAUGGUACAAUGAUCAAUUGUGCAAAGACAUUGGAUGCAAUCCGAGAAGAAAGAAAGGAUUGUUUCAGGAAUUGUUUGAACCAUAUGGACCGGCAGACUAUGUAGGACUCCAACCUCAAUCAAGAGGUGGAGCUAAACAAUCUUAG